AGCGGGACCCCCCGCGGCGCGGGCCCCCCCGGCCCCGGCCCCCCCGCCCCGCCGGCGCUGCCCAUGGGCCCGGCACGAUGCCGGUGCGGCGGGGGCACGUCGCCCCCCAGAACACCUUCCUGGACACCAUCAUCCGCAAGUUCGAGGGGCAGAGCCGCAAGUUCAUCAUCGGGAACGCGCGUGUGGAGAACUGCGCCGUGAUCUACUGCAACGAGGGGUUCUGCCGGCUCUGCGGGUACUCGCGGGCCGAGGUGAUGCAGCAGCCCAGCACCUGCGACUUCCUGCACGGGCCCCGCACGCAGCGCCGCGCCGCCGCGCAGAUCGCCCAGGCGCUGCUGGGCGCCGAGGAGCGCAAGGUGGAGAUCUGCUUCUACCGCAAGGAUGGCAGCUCCUUCCCGUGCAUGGUGGACGUGGUGCCAGUGAAGAACGAGGAUGGCACCGUCAUCAUGUUCAUCCUCAACUUCGAGGCCGUGAGGGAGCCUGAGCCCGGGGAGGCCCCGACCCCCAGCACCAACCACUGGGUCACCCCGGCCCCCUGGGGCCCUGCAGGUCGCAGCCGGUCCCUGCGGCUGAAGCUGCUGGCGCUCACGGGCAGCCGGCAGUCGCUGCCCCCGGAGCCGCCGGAGCCGCCGGACGUGGUGGUGGUGGACCCGGGGGUCAUGGACCCGCUGGCCAUGGACCUGGCCCUGCCUGCCAGUGACUCCGGCCCUGAGGACGCCUCAUCCUCGCUGGAGCCUGGGGCUGGGGACCGUCCUGAGGACGAGGCGGCGCUGAUGGGGGACACCGAGCCGCCGGUGACGCAGUCGUCCCCGCGGGCAGAGCGCCUGGCGCUGGCCUUUGCCAACCACAGCCUGGCCAGGAGCCGGUCCCGGGAGCGCCGGUCGCGGGAGAGCCUCCGCAGCCUGCGCCGGGCGUCGUCGGUCGAUGACAUCGAGGCCAUGAAGGGUGACGGGGACAAGCGCUGCCACGGCCGCCACGCCAGUGCCGGCGCUGGCCUGCACCGCGGCUCCAGCACCGGCGCGGUGGCCGCCGUGCGCAGCGCGCUGCUCAACUCCACGUCGGACUCGGACCUGGCGCGGUUCCGGGCCAUCGGCCGCAUCCCCCAGAUCACCCUCAACUUCAUGGACCUGCAGCCCGGGGGGCUCCUGGCCCCGCCCCCGGCCCCCCGCCCCAUCAUCGCCCCCACCAAACUGCGCGACCGCACGCACAACGUCACCGAGAAGGUCACGCAGGUGCUGUCCCUGGGUGCCGAUGUGCUCCCCGAGUACAAGCUGCAGGCGCCGCGCAUCCACCGCUGGACCAUCCUGCACUACAGCCCCUUCAAGGCCGUGUGGGACUGGCUGAUCCUGCUGCUGGUCAUCUACACCGCCAUCUUCACCCCCUACUCGGCCGCCUUCCUGCUCAGCGACUCCGAGGAGGCCCAGCGCCACCACUGCGGCUACUCCUGCAGCCCCCUCAACGUCGUGGACCUCAUCGUGGACAUCAUGUUCAUCAUCGACAUCCUCAUCAACUUCCGCACCACCUACGUCAACUCCAACGAGGAGGUGGUGAGCCACCCCGCCAAGAUCGCCAUCCACUACUUCAAGGGCUGGUUCCUCAUCGACAUGGUGGCCGCCAUCCCCUUCGACCUGCUCAUCUUCGGCUCCGGCUCCGAGGAGACCACGACGCUGAUCGGGCUGCUGAAGACGGCGCGGCUGCUGCGGCUGGUGCGCGUGGCGCGGAAGCUGGACCGGUACUCGGAGUACGGCGCGGCCGUGCUCUUCCUGCUCAUGUGCACCUUCGCCCUCAUCGCGCACUGGCUGGCCUGCAUCUGGUACGCCAUCGGCAACGUGGAGGGGCAGCGCACGGGCUGGCUGCACGCGCUGGGACAGCAGAUCGGCAAGCCCCUCAACGGCAGCUUCGGGCCCUCCAUCAAGGACAAGUACGUCACCGCCCUCUACUUCACCUUCAGCAGCCUCACCAGCGUCGGCUUCGGCAACGUGUCCCCCAACACCAACUCGGAGAAGAUCUUCUCCAUCUGCGUCAUGCUCAUCGGAUCGCUGAUGUACGCCAGCAUCUUCGGGAACGUGUCUGCCAUCAUCCAGCGGCUGUACUCCGGCACGGCGCGCUACCACACGCAGAUGCUGCGCGUGCGCGAGUUCAUCCGCUUCCACCAGAUCCCCAACCCGCUGCGCCAGCGCCUCGAGGAGUACUUCCAGCACGCCUGGUCCUACACCAACGGCAUCGACAUGAACGCGGUGCUGAAGGGGUUCCCCGAGUGCCUGCAGGCCGACAUCUGCCUGCACCUGAACCGCAGCCUGCUGCAGAACUGCGCCCCGUUCCGGGGGGCCACCAAGGGCUGCCUGCGGGCGCUGGCCAUGAAGUUCAAGACCACGCACGCGCCCCCCGGGGACACCCUGGUGCACGCCGGGGACGUGCUCACCGCGCUCUACUUCAUCUCCCGCGGCUCCAUCGAGAUCCUGCGCGGCGACGUCGUCGUCGCCAUCCUGGGUAAGAACGACACGUUCGGGGAGCCGCUGCACCUGCACGCCCGGCCCGGGAAGUCGCGGGCGGACGUCCGGGCGCUCACCUACUGCGACCUGCACAAGAUCCUGCGUGAGGACCUGCUCGAGGUGCUGGACAUGUACCCCGAGUUCUCCGACCGCUUCUGGGGCACCCUCGAGAUCACCUUCAACCUGCGCGACACCAACAUGAUCCCCGGCUCCCCGGGCAGUGACGAGCUGGACGGAGGCUUCUCCCGGCUCCGGCGCCGCAAGCUCUCCUUCCGCCGGCGCCCCGAGAAAGAGGCCCCCAGCCCCGCGGAGUCCCGGGCGCUGCGGGGGGACGGCGGGGGGGGCCAAGCCCCCGGAGCCCCCCGAGGCCCGGCCGAGUGGGACGCCCCCAGCCCCUCCAGCUGCGGCUCCAGUGACGAGGAGGAGCCCCCCGCGCCCCCUCCGGGGGCCACCGCGCUGUCCCCGUUCCGCAGUGCCCCCCCGGCUGCCCCCGAGCCCGAGGAGCGUGAGGGCAGCGAUGUGUGCAACCCCCUCUCAGGCGCCUUCUCGGGGGUCUCCAACAUCUUCAGUUUCUGGGGUGACACCCGGGGCCGCCAGUACCAGGAGCUCCCCCGUUGUUCCCACGGGGCCCCCCCAAAUCCCCCCCCGACCCUGACCCGCCGCCAGCGCUCCGACCUGGAAUCCCGCUUGGAUCUGCUCCAAAAACAGCUCAACAGGCUGGAGUCCCGGCUGAGCACGGACAUCUCCUCCAUCGUGCACCUGCUGCAGCGCCAGGUGCUGGUGCCCCCCGCCUACAGCGCCGUCACCUCCCCGCACCAGCCCCCCGCGGGGCCGCUGCCCCCCACCCUGCCCAUCACCCCCAUCCGGCCGCUCGCUCAGGUCCCGCGCCCCCCGCGCGCCCCGGACCCCCCGGACGUGGUGCUGCUGCUGGAGCCGCCCCCGCCGCGGCGCCGCUCCCUGCCCGGGGCGCUGCCCCCCCCCGCGGGGACCCCCCCGGGGACCCCCCCGCUCCAGAGACACUGCUCCGACCCCGGCAGCUAAUGGGAGCGCCGGGGCGCGGCGGGACCCCCGGAGCCCCGGGACCCCCGACCCCGGAACGCGGGACCCCCAGAGCCCUCGGACCCCAGGAUGUGGGACCCCUGGAGUCCUGAGACCCCUGACCCCGGAGUGUGGGACCCCUGGACCCCGGCACGUGGGACCCCUCGUCCGGCAGCCCUGGAUGCCACAGCCCGGGACCCCCGGAGUCACAGGAUCCCUGGCUCUGGACCAUGGGACCCCCUGGAAGUCCUGGAGCCCUGGGAUCCCCAACCCCGGAAUGUGGGACCCCCAGAGUCCUCGGAGCCCUGGAACCUGGGACCCCUGGGACCCCCGGAGCCCAGCACGUGGGACCCCCGGAGCUGCAGGACCCUGUCCCCAGCAUGUGGGACCCCCAAAGGCCAGGACGUGGGACACCCAGAGCCCUGGGACCCCUGACCCCCGAAGGUGGGGACGUAGAACGCCCGGCCCCGGGGCCCUGGGAUCCCCAGAGCCCUCCCGGGCCCUGGCCUGCCGGGGCUCCGGCGCUGCCCCAUGGACACUGCCCUCCGUGCCGGCGGCCGGGAGGGAACUUGGGGCCACCGGGACCCCCCCCGUUUUCCCGCCUCGUCCUGGGGCCCCCUGCCCUGGACUGCCAGACUGUGCUGCUCUUCCUCCUCCUCCUCCCUCUCCUCCUCCUCCUCCCGGGGCGGCGGGGGGGUGCACAGGUGUGUGUGUGUGCACAGGUGUGCACGAGUGUGUCCCCGGGUCCUGUCCCCAGGACGUCACGUGUGUGUCGGGGGGUCCCGCUGCGCUGGGACACACGUGUUGCCCCCCGUCUGUGUGUGCGUGUCCCCGCCGUGUCCCCCCGCCAGGACCCCCCGUCCCGUGUUCCCGGGGCGGGGCCUGGCGGGUCCGUGUGUGCCCCCCGUGUUCCCGCGGCGUCCCGGCCGAGGGAGGGGUCGGGAAGCUCCGUGUGCCCCUUCCCGUCUGCCCGGGCCGUGCGUCCCCCGAGCCCCCGGGCGCCCCCCUGCACAGCCGGGUGUCACACGGCGGUGUCACCCCACGCACAGGGAGGGGGGCGCAGGGCUCGGGGGGCUGCCGCUGCCCGGCCACCCCGUAGCGUGUGCUGUGUUUGUCCCAUGUCACCCCUGCAUGUCACCCCUGCGUAGGUGCCCCCAAUAAACCAGACAGAGACCCCC